CGGACGUCGAGCGGAAGUGGUGUAAGGCGGCCGCCGGAGGUGUAUUUGGUGUGUCGCGCGACUGGGCCUGGGGGUGGACUGGUGUGUGUCCCUGUGAAGAUAGCACUAUGUCGAUCGAAAUCGAGUCCUCGGAUGUGAUCCGUCUUAUCAUGCAGUACCUGAAGGAGAACAGUUUACAUCGGGCACUAGCAACCUUACAGGAAGAGACUACUGUGUCUCUGAAUACCGUGGACAGCAUUGAGAGUUUUGUAGCUGACAUUAAUAGUGGCCAUUGGGAUACUGUUUUACAGGCUAUACAGUCUCUGAAAUUGCCAGACAAAACCCUCAUUGACCUCUAUGAACAGGUUGUUCUGGAAUUGAUAGAGCUGCGUGAAUUGGGAGCUGCCAGGUCACUCUUGAGACAGACAGACCCCAUGAUCAUGUUAAAACAAACCCAGCCAGAGCGUUAUAUUCAUUUGGAGAACCUCUUGGCCAGGUCUUAUUUUGAUCCUCGUGAGGCAUACCCAGAUGGAAGUAGCAAAGAGAAGAGAAGAGCAGCAAUUGCCCAGGCCUUAGCUGGUGAAGUCAGUGUGGUCCCUCCAUCUCGUCUCAUGGCAUUGCUGGGGCAGGCCCUGAAGUGGCAGCAGCACCAGGGGUUGCUUCCUCCUGGCAUGACCAUAGAUUUGUUCCGAGGCAAAGCAGCUGUCAAAGAUGUGGAAGAAGAAAAGUUUCCUACACAGCUGAGCAGGCAUAUUAAGUUUGGUCAGAAAUCACAUGUGGAGUGUGCUCGAUUUUCUCCAGAUGGUCAGUAUUUGGUCACUGGGUCUGUUGAUGGAUUCAUUGAAGUCUGGAACUUUACAACUGGAAAAAUCAGAAAGGAUCUUAAAUACCAGGCCCAGGAUAACUUUAUGAUGAUGGAUGAUGCUGUCCUCUGCAUGUGCUUCAGCAGAGAUACAGAAAUGUUAGCAACUGGGGCCCAAGAUGGAAAAAUUAAGGUAUGGAAGAUUCAGAGUGGGCAGUGUUUAAGGAGAUUUGAAAGGGCCCACAGUAAAGGUGUCACCUGUCUAAGCUUUUCUAAGGAUAGCAGUCAGAUCCUUAGUGCCUCUUUUGACCAGACAAUUAGAAUUCAUGGUUUAAAAUCUGGGAAAACUUUGAAGGAAUUUCGUGGCCAUUCCUCCUUUGUUAAUGAAGCAACUUUUACACAAGAUGGACAUUAUAUUAUUAGUGCAUCCUCUGAUGGCACUGUAAAGAUCUGGAAUAUGAAGACCACAGAAUGUUCAAAUACCUUUAAAUCCCUGGGCAGCACUGCGGGGACAGAUAUCACUGUCAACAGUGUGAUCCUGCUUCCUAAAAAUCCAGAGCACUUUGUGGUGUGUAACAGAUCAAAUACUGUGGUUAUCAUGAACAUGCAGGGGCAGAUUGUCAGGAGCUUCAGCUCUGGUAAGAGAGAAGGUGGGGAUUUUGUUUGCUGUGCCCUGUCCCCUCGUGGUGAAUGGAUCUACUGUGUCGGGGAGGACUUUGUGCUCUACUGUUUUAGUACAGUCACUGGCAAACUGGAGAGAACUUUGACAGUUCAUGAGAAGGAUGUGAUUGGUAUCGCACAUCACCCUCAUCAGAACCUGAUUGCUACCUACAGUGAAGAUGGACUCCUAAAGCUCUGGAAACCCUAAUUUCCACUUUUCUUUUAAAAGUUGCUUGAGAACAUGUACUUAAGUGAAGACAUAUUCAUGUAUUGCUUUUUUUUUUCUUUUUUUUUUUUUAAGGCAACCUUUUCUAAGCAAUUGUCUGAAUUAGGAAUAAGAGUAAUUUUGUGAAAAUUCAUGUUCAAGUAGCAGUUACUCUUUUAUAUAUAUUUUUAAGGUAUUCAUUUAUCUAUUUCUAAUUGGGGCAGUCAUGUAAUGUUUUCAGUAGUCUUCUACCUGAAGAAUGAAAUACUGCUCUUUCUAGAAGAAAACUACUUUGAUUUUUGAAAUGGUGAUUAAAACAUACCUCCUGCAGUAAAAUUUGUGAAUAAGUAACCAUCCCAUACUCAGUAGCUCUUUGCUGGUCUGGUUUUUUUAGAUGUUAAUAAACUUUACCCUUUUGGA